UCGUAAUUCCCCGUCACAGCGAGUAUGAAUUGAAAUAUUAGGUAGUUACUUGAAUUGACUAACCUGCAAUGGACAUUCGGUCACUCCGCAACAAUGCCUGCUCGAAUCCCAACCACAAAGCCGACAGUCCUUGGCACUGAGAUUGCGCUUAUACAAGAAGCCCUUACGCUCUCGAACCUCAACGGCAAAGGCAGAUAUACGCAACUUUGCGAACAAUGGCUGGAGAAAUUCUUGCCGACGGGAUCAAAAGGGAAAGCACUUGUUCUGUCGUCGUGCACCUCCGCCCUCGAACUGGCCGCCAUCCUCGCCGACAUCCAACGGGAGAUGAAAUCAUCGUGCCCAGCUACACUUAUGUCUUCACCGUGAACUCUGUUGUUCUACGUGGGGCGGUGCCGGUUUUCGUGGGUCUGGACAGUAGAACCAUGAAUAUCGAUGUCCGCUUGAUCGAGGAUGCAAUCACUUGCAAGACACGGGUCAUAAUUCCAGUCCAUUGCGGGGGCAUUGCAGCCGAUAUGAAUCCCAUCAUGAGCCUUGCCAGAAGACACGGGUUACUGGUCGUCGAGGAUGCCGCCAUGGCAUGUACCUCACUCUACAAAGGCCGCAUGCUCGGCACUAUAGGCCACAUAGGAUGUAUCAGUUUUCAGGAGAAGAAGAACUUUACCGCAGGAGGCCAGGGUGGUGCACUGCUUGUCAACGACCCUUCUCUCAAUGACCGUGCGAAGAUUGUCUAUGAGCACGGCACGAAUCGCGGUCAGGUCGAUCGAUACCAAUGGUUGGACCUGGGGAUAAACGCCACUUUGUCCGAGCUGCAGGCUGCAUUUCUCUACGCCCAACUACAAGCCGCAGAUACCAUCAAUGCGUCUAGACUCCACCUUUGGCAGAAGUAUUACUCCGCGCUCAGACCACUAGUCGAGAUGGGAUACUUGAUGUUGCCGACAAUUCCGAAGAAUACGACCCAUAACGCCAACGUUUUCUGGAUCAGGCUUAUGGACGCACAAAGACGAAAGCAGCUGAUGAACUUUCUGCAUGCGAGGGAUCCAGACGCACAAUUCAUGCCGUUGUAUUUAUCCCCGAUGGGGCUGGCGACGGGGAGGUUCAAUGGUGAUGGUCAUGGCACCACAAUGGCCGUGGCACAGAUCCUAUUGUUGCCGCUUUUUGUGGGAAUGUUGGAGGAGGAGCAAAAGCGCGUCAUUGAGGAGAGGAGGGGGUGAGAUUGCUAGCAGGCCAAUAGGCACGCCGGACCUUAGAGAUCUCUCCUCUGCACGGCCUCACCAUUGCGCCCUUCUCCAGUAUAUCCACAAACCAAACCUGCCAUGGCCAGACCAAGCGCACCCGAAGAAAUUACCAUCAAUUUCCACCCAAACCAUUCUCUCAUGUAACCGGCAUACAAUGGCCCGGCUAAUGUCC